AUGGUGGAAGUGAUACCAAAACACAUCAAAGACGUGUGGGAUAGAUGGAACAUAAGAGGAGCAAUCAUUCUGAGUCUUAGCCUUCAAGCAAUUCUCAUUUGCUUCUCUCCUUUAAGGAAACGCACACCAAGAAGGGUCUUGAUCAUGCUCGUUUGGUCUUCUUAUCUCUUAGCAGAUUGGUCUGCUAAUUUCGCUGUUGGUCUCAUCUCCAAGAAUCAAGGUAAAGACCCAAAACCUGAUGAUCCUCCUCAGGACAAAAAGCUCAUGGCUUUAUGGGCACCAUUCUUGCUCUUGCAUCUUGGUGGACCAGACACAAUCACAGCUUUUGCCCUUGAAGAUAACGCUCUUUGGCUCCGACAUGUCUUUGGGCUUGUCUUUCAGGCAAUUGCUGGUGUCUAUGUGGUUCUCCAGUCUCUGCCAAAUAGCCUUUGGGUUAUUAUACUCUUAGUCUUCAUUUCUGGGACUAUCAAGUAUCUGGAGAGGACAACAGCUCUGUACAGUGCGAGUUUGGACAAGUUUAGAGAUUCUAUGAUUCAAGCACCAGAUCCAGGACCAAACUACGCCAAGCUCAUGGAGGAGUACAAGGCCAAGAAAGAAGCAAGACUACCCACAAAGAUCAUUCUGAUUGAUGAGCCUGACAAGGAGCAUAGGCCUAAGAAGCUAGUGCAUCCAUCAUUGGUCUUGCCUGACGAAAAAAAGGAGUCUCAGCAUCUACCAAAUGCCUUGCCUGGAGGAAAAAAAGUGGGAAGAGAAAAGUUGCACGAUCUUGAGAUUGUGCAGUAUGCUUACAAAUUCUUCAACACAUUCAAGGGCCUUGUAGUCAACCUUAUCUUCAGCUUCAGGGAGCGAGACGAGAGCCUAGAGAUCUUUUAUAAUUUGCAUGAUUCAGAGGAAGCUUUGAGGAUCAUUGAGGUCGAGCUUGGUUUCCUUUAUGAUGCUCUAUUCACCAAGAUCGCGGUUCUGCAUACCUUUAUCGGAAGUGUCUCCCGAUUGGUUGCUUUUGGUACCCUUCUGGCUGCCUUCAUCCUCUUUCUCAAAAAACCGAACAAAGGCCACGAAUUUGAUGGAGCUGAUGUCGCGGUUACCCUCACGCUGUUCAUUGUUGGCAUAGCUUUGGAUAUCAUAUCCGUCAUCUUGUUUCUGUUCUCCGACUGGACGUAUGCUGCACUAAGCAGCCUGAAGGAUGACCCCGAUGAGGCUGUAAAGUCCUGGCACGAUAAAGCUUUUGACUGGCUUCUUAGUUUCAGACAGUUGCAUUGGACGACGAAUCAAAAGUGCCACCAAGAUGCACACAAGUGUACCGAAAAAUGUAAGAAACCGUGUCCCAAGGAGGUUGUGGAUAAGUGUUCAGAGGGUCAUACUCAUGACGUGCUCUCGACGAAUUUCUUCCUUCGGAGAUGGUGUGGAAGCAUCAAUGUAUUCAACUUUCUAGCUUACGCCACAAAAGCAGAGGUACAUAGGAUCCACGACGCCAGAGGUAGUAUCCGCCGCUACUCAUGGAUAAUCAUAUCUUAUCCAUUCGAAAAAGUCUACUUCAUUAUCCAGACACUUAGUGGAUGGAUUGCCUAUCCUAUCAGUAGUGUGCACAAGUGGAUCAGCCACAUAGUCAAUGAGAAAUCAAGAAAACAUACUUGGGCUCGUCGAACUAUUUACCCAUUCUAUUUCGGUUUCAUAUCCCGUAUUCCUCACGCCAUCAAAUAUGUGUGGGAUUUCUUCAGUGACUUGUUGGACAUUGCGGAUACGGUUGAUAUGGUCCAGAAGACGCUAUUUGUACACGGAGAGCCCAUGACGAGAGAACUGUGGGAGUUCAUCUUCAAACAGCUGAAAUACAAAUCAAAGUUUGGAGACAGUCCUGAAAAUGCCAAAAGGAUAUCUUUGGCUCGGGGAGAGUGGUCGUUGCGUGACAACCUGCCAGAGAGCGCAGACCGUGAAAAGCUGGUGCAUUAUGUGUCACAAUUUGAUUAUGAUCAGAGUCUUUUGAUGUGGCACAUUGCAACGGAGCUCUGUUACCAACAGAAGGAUACCAUCGCUGCGGAUGAACACCAUCACAGUUACCGUGAGUUCAGCAAAAUCAUCUCAGACUACAUGAUGUACCUCCUGAUAUUGCAACCUGGUCUGAUGUCCGAGGUUGCUGGAAUUGGGAAAAUCCGAUUCAGAGACACAAUGGCUGAAGCUGACAAGUUCUUCCACAGGAGGCAUAUCGAGGACGAGAGAAGCGUGAAGAAAGCCAGCGACACAAUCCUCGAUGUCAAAAGUAAAAUUGAACCAAUGGGCGUCAAGGGAGAUCGAAGCAAGUCUGUGCUGUUUGAUGCGAGCAGGCUGGCCAAAGAUCUUGCGGAUAUGGAGAAGAAUUGUGACGUAGAUAAAUGGAAGAUACUGAGCAAAGUGUGGGUGGAAUUGCUCUGUCAUGCAGCGUGUCAUUGCGAUUCUACAGCUCACGUGGAGCAACUCAGCAGAGGCGCGGAGCUCAUCAACUUCGUUUGGCUUUUAAUGGCUCACUUUGGACUAACUGAUCAGUUCCAGAUCAACAAAGGAGAUGCCAGGGCCAAACUCAUAAUAGGCAAGUGA